CUGCGCAGUUUACCGACGUCCGUUCAUCCACAAGAGCGCUCCUUGGUGUUUACACCCGUCAACUCCGUCAGUUGGAAGUUUCCCGCCUAAAUAAGUGUGUGCGUGUGCUAUCAAAAACUCUAAACUGCCUAUCGUCAAAAUGGAGUCGUGCGGAAUGAGUUUCAUUAAAUAUCUUUUGUUUAUAUUCAAUCUGUUUUUUGCUAUGUCGGGGCUCGGAAUAAUCAUAGCAGGAGCCUUGGUAUUAGCAGAUGUCUCAGACUUCAGCCACUUCGUCACAAGUGACCUAGUUGGUCCUCCCAUUGUACUUAUAGUAAUGGGAGCUAUAAUAUUCCUAGUCGCAUCCUUGGGAUGCUAUGGUGCUAUCAGAGAGAACUAUAAAAUGCUCGUUGCUUUUGCAGUAUUCCUGAUAAUUAUUUUCAUAGUGGAAUUCGCAGUGGGCAUUACAGCGGCCGUAUAUAAAGCAGAUUUUCAAGAGACACUCAAGAAAUCAAUGAAGAAGUCGCUAGAACAGUAUGAGAGUUCAAGUAACAACAACAUUGAAAAAGCUGCAUGGGACAACGUACAACAAAAGGUAAAAUGCUGUGGAGUAAAUGGAAAAAGCGACUGGUCUUCUACACCGAUGUCUUGCUGCUACAAGGAUAAAAUGGACGAAUCUGAUCAACCUGAGGAGUUUUGCGUAUCUGGCGGACGAAACUAUAUUUACAAAGAAGGAUGUUAUAAGAGGUUACAAAUGAAAAUAGAAUCGAAUACAAAGAUCUUGAUUGGCGUUGGAAUUGGUAUCGCAUUUGUACAGGUUGUGGGAAUGUUUUUAGCAUUCUGGCUAGCAUACACAAUCAAAAAAGAGGAUGAAUCCAAAUGAAAUGAGCUGAACUAAGUCUUGCCAUCGAUAUCAAGAAGCAAGAGUAUGCAAUAUUUCACCUACUUUGAAUGUAAUACAUUUUUGCUUCGCCGUAACAAAAUGUGUGUCAUGUCGUAUGAGUUUUCAUGGUUUGGUAGAAAUAACACAUAAUAUAUACUAUCUACUUGACUGCAGAUUUAUACAUUUCAUGUUACCUUUAUAAGCAGAAAAAUGUUAAAUCAAGCCAUACAUCUAAAACUAAAAGCAAUACUUUUAUUUUGUUAUUACGUUUAAAGUUUCUAUAAAUAAAAUAAAAUCCAUUUAGUAAGUUUGAUAGAUGUUGACUUGAUUUGAUUGCUUGUACAUGUAAAUUGAUGAUUUCUUUCUGUAACUGUGACUUAAAUCCAGAAAUUAAAGAUUUAUAC